GUUUUUUCUGGUAAACUGAAUGUAUAACCCUGUGUUCAUUUUUUAAUAAAUCCAUGCUUAGUUUGAAAUGAAGGAAGUGAUAUUAGCUAUUGUAACCUGCGUAUGUAGUGUAUUUCUAGUUUUUGUUUUUGUAUUGUUUUGUUGGUAUAUUGUGUGGAAGUGCUGCUUGUCGAAGUUCCGUUUUGUUCGGGAACUGUUGGGGGGUAUGUCAGAUACCCCUCCAGCAUCAGAGACUAGGCAGCCUAAAGCUAGGAAAACUAGAAGAGACUAACUUAUUGUUAUCCAAUUAAAACUAAGGUCAAGAUGAAUAUCCGCUGUGCCCGCCCUAGUGACUUGAUGAAUAUGCAGCAUUGUAACUUGCUUUGCUUGCCGGAGAACUAUCAGAUGAAAUAUUAUUUUUAUCAUGGAUUAUCCUGGCCGCAGCUCAGUUAUGUAGCUGAAGAUGAGAAAGGACAUAUUGUUGGAUAUGUUCUGGCCAAGAUGGAAGAGGAUGGAGAGGACAACAGACAUGGUCACAUAACAUCACUGGCUGUGAAGAGGUCUCACCGUCGCCUGGGUCUCGCACAAAAACUGAUGAACCAAGCCUCCUUGGCUAUGGUAGAAUGCUUCCAGGCAAAAUAUGUUUCACUCCACGUCAGAAAAAGCAACAGAGCUGCAUUGAACCUGUACACUAACUCUCUUGGCUUUAAAAUCCUGGAGAUUGAGCCUAAAUAUUAUGCUGAUGGUGAGGAUGCAUACUCCAUGAUGAGAGAUUUGAGUGCAUUCUCUGCUGACAACAAGUCUGAAAGUCAGACAUCAGACAAUUUGGAAAUUAAGUCUGAUUCAGCUGUUAUAUCUCAAUGCUGAUCAUAUUGUAAAUAAAAUUAUUGGUAAACAGA